GAACGCUGAAUUCAGGAUUUGAUACUGGAAAGAAACGUGGACCGAGUCAGGUUAAGGCUGCAUUAACUCUGGUUAAGCUUGCCCAGGCUACAUUCACACUGGGUUGAACUUAAACCCCACGCUGCAUUUGCCAUUUGCCACGUUCUGCCAUACCUCGGUCCCCUCUCACCUUGCAAGCCUUUCGCCGUCUUCUACUGCUUGCACUUGCUCUCUCUCUCUCUCUCUCUCUCUCUCUCCUGGGAAACUCCAUUCUUUAUUUCUUUCUUUAACUUGGGAGGUGAACUACAGAUAUGUGAGCCUUGUCCUUUGGGAGGGGUUGAAGCUCUAUCAGCUCAUAAUUUCUGAUAUUCGCCAAUCAAGUCGAGCCCUUUGCAUUUUUAAUGCAUAUGGAUUAGUGUUCUAUGCGGACAUUAGGCGUGAUGAAGAGCUCCGCCUCAUUUCUCAUGCUGAAAGUUCGUGACUUUUCAUGCGAUUUAUUUGGGGUUUGCUGCUCGUGCACUGUGUAGUAAGGGGUGGUGGGAAUUGAAGCCGAGUUGGGUUUGUUUUAUUUGCCAUCUUCUGUUUAAUUUAAUUGAAAAAUCGGUCGAGGUUGUUUGAGAUUAUUAUUGUAUAAUAUUAGAAAUGUGAUCAGGGUUUAUCUGGGUUUCUUAUUUAAUGAUUAAAAGUGCGUAAAAGAUGCAAUUUUUUAACUCAGGAGCAGCUCAAUUUCGGAUCUUAAGGAACCAUUAAAGUGCUGCUUUGACUGUUAUUUUAUGCCUCCUAUAUAAAUAUCUUUUAUCUGGGUGAUUAGGACGUUAGCAUAAAGGAAGAUCUUAUUCUGCAAAUUUGAACUGUUAGACGAAAAAAACAGAGAAAAAAAAGAAGGGGGGGAGGGGGGGGGGGAGAGAGAGAGAGAGAGAGAGAGGAGUUCGUCGUUUCCUUCGCUUUUUAUUUGUGUUUUCUUGCAAGUUCAAACGGGAUUGUCUUGUAGUUCAUGGAAUUGCUUUGGGUUUAGAAUUUAGAGAGAGAGGUAUUCUCAGAGUUGAGGUUUUUAAAUUGGUUGCGAAAGCUGCUUGGGUUUCUAUUGCUUGGAAUUACAAUUAUAUAUAAGAAUGGAAUGCAAAGGAGUGCCAACUGCUGAAUAACAGCGUCUGGUUCAGGUCUUCAUCAUGCCUUUCUCUGAACUUCAUCGGAUGGCUAAGGGGAAGCUCGAUUCAACCCACCAGAAAACUGCCACUUGUUCAACCGAUCUUUCUUUCGUACCUGACAGUGACUUUGUUGAGCUAAUUUGGGAAAAUGGUCAAAUUGUGACGCAAAAUCAGUCCGGUAGAGCUAGAAAGAAUCAUUCCAUUUCUAACAGUUUCCCAUCUUACACCCCCAAGCCUCGAGAUAAAGACACUACUGGAAAUGCAGCCAAUUCAAGGAUGGGAAUGUUUGGAGCCAUGGAUUCUACAAUCUUGAAUGAUUUCCCGCUGUCAGUGCCAUCUGGCGAAAUGAGUUUGAAUCAAGAUGAUGACAUGGUACCCUGGUUUAAUUACCCAAUUGAUGAUUCAUUGCAACAUGAGUACUGUUCUUAUUUCUUGCCUGAGUUAUCUGGGAUAACUGUAAAUGACCAUUCUGCGCAGAAUAAUAGUUUUACAUCAAUAGAGAAGAGAAGCAACUCUAAUCUGUUAAUGAAGGUUACUUCUGGAGAUGGUGAACCCACAAGAACACGAAGUAGUCAUUUGCAUUCUUCCUUGUCAUCGCAUCAAUGCCAGACAUUACCAUCUCUCAGGUUGAGAGUUUCAGAUUCCAUAAGCAAUAAUACUAGCAAUGCUCACCAUACCAGUGGUACUAGGGAUUCAAUUCAAGUGGUAGCCUCGUCCGGUGGUUUCUCCAGCUUGAAUGUACAGAAGCAAGAUUCAGGACUUCCUAGUAUAAGCUCCGGUGUUAUAAAUUUUUCCCAUUUCGCCCGACCCGCUGCUCUCGUUAAGGCUAAUCUUCAGAGCAUUGGUGCUAUGGCUGCUGGAAAUGGAAGUAAGGAUAAAGUUUCUGCUGCAAGCAGUAGCAAUAAUGCCAAUUCCAUGCUCAACAAUUUGAAUGGUGCAUUACAGAAGGAAAUAGGUCCCCGUAGCCAAGCUAAUUUGAUUCCAUCCACAGUUGAUUCAAGUCCAUUGGUGACCAAGAUGUCCGAGCAGGCGACUCCUGCUAAGCAAUCAGAAGUUAUGUGCCAAGAAAAUACUGUUAAGAGUGAUAAAUUCUCAAAUCAAGUUGCUGGAAUGAGCUUGGCGAUAGGAAUGCCUGAUGCUGAAAGGUCUGUAGAACCAGCAGUUGCUUCUUCCUCUGCAUGCUCAGGAAAUAGUAUGGAGGGAGCUUCAAAUGAUCCCAAGCAGAAUAUGAAGAGAAAAUGCCAUGACAAUGAAGAGUCUGAAGGUCCAAGUGAUGGUGUUGAAGAAGAAUCAGUGGGCGUAAGAAAGGCAGUUCCUGCUCGAGGAGGUGCUGGUUCCAAGAGAAGUCGGGCUGCAGAAGUGCAUAACUUAUCUGAGAGGAGGCGAAGGGAUCGGAUCAAUGAGAAAAUGCGUGCAUUGCAAGAGCUCAUACCCAACUGCAAUAAGGUGGACAAGGCUUCAAUGCUUGAUGAGGCCAUUGAGUAUUUGAAGACACUUCAACUUCAAGUGCAGAUUAUGUCAAUGGGAACUGGAAUGUGUAUGCCUCCUCCUAUGAUGUUCCCAACAGGAAUGCAACACAUGCACACAGCCCAUAUGGCACAUUUUUCACACAUGGGUGUCGGAAUGAGCAUGGGCAUGGGCAUGGGCAUGGGAAUGGGUUUUGGAAUGGGAAUGCUUGACAUGAAUGGUGGUUCUCCUGGUUGCCCCAUGUUUCAGGCAUCCCCAAUGCAAGGAUCCUAUUUUUCCGGCCCACCUAUCUCGGGGCCAAAUAGUUUCCAAAGGAUGGGAGCAUCUAAUCUUCAAAUGUUUGGGAUUCCUGGUCAAGGACUUAAUAUGUCAAUGCCAAAUGCACCUUUCAUUCCUCUGCCUGGUGGGCCUCCAGCGAAGUCGACCAUGGGACUGAAUGCCUCAGGGGCAGCUGGUCAUGUUGAAGUUUCUGACCCUGCUCCUGCUUCAAGUCCAAAAGAUCUUAUUGAGAACACCACCUCACAAGUGAACCAGGAUACUCAUGCCAAUUGCUCAAUGAAUCAAAGAUCUAAUCAGGCAAGGAAUGAGGGUUUUUCAGAGUCUACUUUGGUGCAUGAAAGUGAUCAAGCGCCUGACGUUAGUGGCACUGAAACAAUUAACACUACUAGCAGAAAUGACAGUUUACCUGGUGGAACAGGUUUAGACUUCUGAGUGUAUCUGACGACUGUCACCACUUAAUAUCCUUGAAGUAAAAUUUGAUUGGCUUGAACAGGAAAAAGAAAACUUAUAUCUGCUUGAAUCUGCAGGUUAUGAUUGACGGCCAGUGCAAUAACCUUGUGGAUUGGAGGAUGAAUCCUUUGCUUGCUUGUUAAAAUCUAACUCAAUUAUCAGUAAAAUGGUUUUGUGAAGUUGCAGAAUGAAGUUGAAGCUCUUAAAUGAACUAUACUUUCAAGGCAUUACAACUAUAAGUUGUACAGAUUUGUACAUUGAAGAGAUUUGGAAUCCUUUUCUUGCUUUUGUAAAUUUACUUACACCACCAAUGCAGUUAAAUUAUAUUUUGAGUUUUGGAUCUUUUAGAAUGUAUUCAAAUGGGCUUUUCAGAACUAUGUUCUUAACAAUUCUUUGAAUUAAUGAAAUUUAAUCUACUUUUCCCAA